AUGGCAGCUCUUCAUGCUUUCACCUGGCUGUGCACUGUGAUCUUCUGCAUGGCUCAGGUUUGCUCCAUGCCCACACCAUGCAGGCUUCAGAAAAGAAUAAUGAACACCUGCUACGACAUCCUGGAUAAAAUGGGGGGUAGAUUUCCUCUGCACUGCCUUGAAAGCACUGCUCCUGUCCCGUUUCCCGAGGCCGCGUUCGAGUACAGCACAUCCCAGCAGACUGUUUCCCUGGAAAAGACUAUCUACCUAACGCUGACCAACAUCUCCUCCUUGUUUGAUGAAGACAGUAUUCCUGAUCAGUGGAAGAAUGUCGAGAACUUUCAGAACAUCAUCUACCGCCAGAUUGAGGAGAACCAAUGUAUUAUGAGCAAAACUCAAGACUCACAGGAGGACUUUCUCAGGCGUGAAAAGGCGGUCAUAGAGUAUUUUGACAAAAUAUUGGCGGUUUUGAAAGAAAAGAAUUACCAGCUUUGUGGUUGGGAAUUUGUCCGAAAGGAAGUCCUCAUCACCCUGAAGUUCAUCCUGAAUAAAGACUUGAAGGACGUUCUCUUCUCCAGCCAGGGCUGA